AUGGAACAGGUACGUCUCACUAUGGAACAGGUACAUCUCACUAUGGAACAGGUACAUCUCACUGUGGAACAGGUACAUCUCACUGUGGAACAGGUACAUCUCACUGUGGAACAGGUACAUCUCACUAUGGAACAGGUACAUCUCACUAUAGAACAUGUACAUCUCACUGUGGAACAGGUACAUCUCACUGUGGAACAGGUACGUCUCACUGUGGAACAGGUACAUCUCACUGUGGAACAGGUACGUCUCACUAUGGAACAGGUAGGUCUCACUGUGGAACAGGUAGGUCUCACUGUGGAACAGGUACGUCUCACUAUGGAACAGGUACAUCUCACUGUGGAACAGGUACAUCUCACUAUGGAACAGGUACAUCUCACUGUGGAACAGGUACGUCUCACUGUGGAACAGGUACGUCUCACUGUGGAACAGGUACAUCUCACUAUAGAACAUGUACAUCUCACUGUGGAACCAGGUACAUCUCACUGUGGAAACAGGUAGUCUCACUGUGGAACAGGUACAUCUCACUAAGGAAACAGUAAAUCUCACUAUGGGACAGGUACCAGUACAUCUCACUAUAAGAAAACAGUAAUUCAUGUGGGGAAAGGUACUUUCCCCUGUGGAACAGGUAGUCUCACUGUGGAACGGUACACUCACGGGAAAACAGGUACGUUCAUGUGGAAAAAAGGAAUCUCAUGUGGAACAGGUACGUCUCAGUGGAACAGGUACAUCUCACUGGGAACAGGUACAUCUCACUGUGGAACAGGUACUUACUGUGGAAAGGACGUCUCAGGGGAACAGGUACUUUGGGGAAUGGAAGAAAAAGGAAAAUAAUGUAUUUGUUCCUUCCCAAAUUGGGGAAGAAAAAAAAAACAUAUAGCGAUGCACUAAAAACAUAAGGUUUUCAAUAAGGUAUAUAAUAAUUAUUUGUUAAAAAUCCUUACCCUCCCAUCUCUUUCACUUUUUUUUCCUUCAUUUUCUCGCUGUGUCCAUCCAUCCCCUUUUGUGCCAUAGUCGGUGGGUUUCUACGUUAGCACCUUCCAGAGUAUGGCUGGCUUUGAGGAGAAGUUCCACAAGGAGAUGGGCAAGGUGAGUCUGAGAUUGAUUUUGGUGAAACCGAAAGGGGCGAUAAUUUAAAUAUCGAGCCCCAAAAUUUUGGAACCUUGUUUUUUUUUUUGGGGGAGGGGAAAAGGGGGGGGGGGGGGGGGGGAAAGGGAGGGGGGGCGGGGGGGCGGGGGGGGGGAGGGGGGAACGAGAGAGGGCGAAGGGGGGGAGGGGGGGAAAAGGAGGGAGGGGGGGAGGGGGGGGGAAAAAGGAAAGAGGAGGGGGGAAGGGGGGAAAGGAAGGGAGAGGAGGGGAGGGGAGGGGAAAGGAGGGAAAAAAAAAAAAAUUUUUGGGCCCCAAAAAAAAAAAAAAAAAAAACCCCCCCCCCCCCCCUAAAAACCCCCCCCCCCCCCCCCCCCCCCCCCCCCCCCCAAACUCCUCCCCUCUCAUUCACACCGUAUGCAGCUCGACCAGAAUCUGUACGAUGUUCUUGUCAAACUGGAGAGACAGGACAUGUCUGGGUGAGUUUCUGUCAUUGUAUUACAUAGUAUACCGUUCCUUAUACAGUGGGGAGAGCAAGUAUUUGAUACACUGCCGAUUUUGCAGGUUUUCCUACUUUCAAAGCACGUAGAGGUCUGUCAUUUUUAUCAUAAGUAUUUGAUCACCUACCAACCAGUAAGAAUUCCGGCUAUCACAUACCUGUUAGUUUUUAAUUAAGAAGCCCUCCUGUUCUCCACUCAUUACCUGUAUUAACUGCACCUAUUUGAACUCGUUACCUGUAUAAAAGACACCUGUCCACACACCCAAUCAAACAGACUCCAACCUCUCCACAAUGGCCAAGACCAGAGAGCUGUGUAAGGACAUCAGGGAUACAAUUGUAGACCUGCACAAGGCUGGGAUGGGCUACAGGACAAUAGGCAAGCAGCUUGGUGAGAAGGCAACAACUGUUGGCGCAAUUAUUAGAAAAUGGAAGAAGUUCAAGAUGACGGUCAAUCACCCUCGGUCUGGGGCUCCAUGCAAGAUCUCACCUCGUGGGGCAUCAAUGAUCAUGAGGAAGGUGAGGGAUCAGCCCAGAACUACACGGCAGGACCUGGUCAAUGACCUGAAGAGAGCUGGGACCACAGUCUCAAAGAAAACCAUUAGUAACACACUACGCCGUCAUGGAUUAAAAUCCUGCAGCGCACGCAAGGUCCCCCUGCUCAAGCCAGCGCAUGUCCAGGCCCGUCUGAAGUUUGCCAAUGACCAUCUGGAUGAUCCAGAGGAGGAAUGGGAGAAGGUCAUGUGGUCUGAUGAGACAAAAAUAGAGCUUUUUGGUCUAAACUCCACUCGCCGUGUUUGGAGGAAGAAGAAGGAUGAGUACAACCCCAAGAACACCAUCCCAACCGUGAAAGCAUGGAGGUGGGAAACAUAAUUAUUUGGGGAUGCUUUUCUGCAAAGGGGACAGGACGACUGCACCGUAUUGAGGGGAGGAUGGAUGGGGCCAUGUAUCGCGAGAUCUUGGCCAACAACCUCCUUCCCUCAGUAAGAGCAUUGAAGAUGGGUCGUGGCUUGGUCUUCCAGCAUGACAACGACCCGAAACACACAGCCUGGGCAACUAAGGAGUGGCUCCGUAAGAAGCAUCUCAAGGUCCUGGAGUGGCCUAGCCAGUCUCCAGACCUGAACCCAAUAGAAAAUCUUUGGAGGGAGCUGAAAGUCCGUUUUGCCCAGCGACAGCCCCGAAACCUGAAGGAUUUGGAGAAGGUCUGUAUGGAGGAGUGGGCCAAAAUAUGAUCUCUGUAAUUGCAAACAAAGGUUUCUGUACCAAAUAUUAAGUUCUGCUUUUCUGAUGUAUCAAAUACUUAUGUCAUGCAAUAAAAUGCAAAUGCAUUUCUCAAAAAUAAUACAAUAUGAUUUUCUGGAUUUUUGUUUUAGAUUCAGUCUCUCACAGUUGAAGUGUAACUAUGAUAAAAAUUACAGACCUCUACAUGCUUUGUAAGUAGGAAAACCUGCAAAAUCGGCAGUGUAUCAAAUACUUGUUCUCCCCACUGUAUAUAAUAUAUAAUGAUAAUAUUAUAUUUUAUAAAUGUCCUCUGUUAUCGCUGUGAACCAGGGUAGGGCUCAAUUGCAUUCCAAUUCAGUCAAUUUAGGAAGUAAACUGAAAAAUUAUAUUCCAAUUUUCCUCCUGAAUUCACUGAAUUUAAAAGGACUUGACCCCAACCACGUAGUUAACACCAUCUAUUAAACGUAUGGCCAGUACAAAGUCAUCAGAUUACAGCUGGUCAACAAAGCUUGGAAUCACAACACAACACAAUACAAUACAGUAUAACAUUAUUAUCCCUAAAGGGGAAAUGUAGUGAUCUAUUUGAUCUAGAUUAAAUGAAUGCCCACCACCCCUACAGAAAGGCAACAGGUAACAGCAGUGCACGGACGUCGUCGGGAGCUCGGAGGAGGUAACCAAGUCCCUGUCUGACUAAACUAAUGUGUCUGUCUGUGGUUCAGCAUCUGAGUUCAGGGGCUGCUUGGUUAGUUAUUACUGUUAUUCACCUUAGAGUGGAGUCUCAAACCUCUCAUCAACUUCCCCCGUUCCAGAUCUUGCCAACUCCAAACAUGGCAUGACGAGGAGUAACAAGGAGUUGUCAUGACGGCACAAACAGACUGCCACUCAAUUUCACUCAUUUGAGAACUAGCACACAGGAUUCAACUAACGGAAGGGCUUUGGUGAUUAGUUGAACAGUUGAAUCAGGUUGGCUUGGACUAGAAUACAUAAAAUAAGUGGAACUGGCUGAGGUAACCUCGUCCCGAGGCUCAACAGCUAUGACAGAGAGGAGAUCCGGUUGGUGGAGGAGAUACACUGCUUUAGAGUAUCUGCAGUUGUAAAGACUGUCAGUCUGCCGUCACUGUUCACUAUAACAUAACAAGCACCUUCCAUUCUGCACUGUACAGUGGGAACAGACCUCUCUCUCUCUCUCUCUCCCCCCUCUCUCUCUCCCCUCUCCCCCCCCCAUCUCUCUCUCCCCCCUCUCUCUCUCUCCUCUCCCGCUCUGUCUGUAUGUCUGUCUGUCUGUCUCUCUCUCUCUCUCUCUCUCUCUCUCUCUCUCUCUCUCUCUCUCUCUCUCUCUCUCUCUCUCUCUCUCUCUCUCUCUCUCCUCUAGUGAGCUCCCCAGAGGAGCAGAUCCAGCCAAUCACGCUCUGAGUCCAGGCGGACCGCCACCCAUCCCUAAGUCCCCUUCCAAGGUACUGUACUACACACACUCUCACAUACACACUCACACACACACAACACAAACACAACACACACACCACAUACACAUGAACACACUCACACACACACACACACACACAACACACACACACAACACAUACACAACUCCACACAAACACACACACACACACACAACACACACACACACACACACACUCAACACACACACACACACAACUCACACACACACACACACACACUCACACACACACUCAACAACAAACACACCACUCACACACAAACACAACACACUCAAACACACACACACACACACACUCACACACACACACAACACACACACACGCACACACACACACACACACGCAACAUACACACAAUCACACACACACUCACCACACACGCACACCUCCCCACACACACAACACACACACACACACCCCCCCCCCCACCAACACACACACAGGGGCUGGAGAUGGAGAUGGCAAACAAAUUUAUUCUCAAAUGUUUUAUUUUCUCUGUUAAGCUGUGUGCACUGAGCUGACAUGCUGAUAUUCAGAUGAAGGGAAUUAAAUAGUCUAUAAUGCUGACCACCGCAUCGCUCAACUCAGACAGAGGUGUGUAACCUACUGUAGCUGCUGGUAAAGACUCAGACAGGGGUUUUGUGUAACCUACUGUAGCUGCUGGUAAAGACUCAGACAGAGGGUGUGUAACCUACGUAGCUGCUGGUAGACUCAAAAGAGGAGUGUAACCUACUGUAGCUGCUGGUAAAGAUCAGACAGAGGUGUGUAACCUACGGUAGCUGCUGGUAAAGACUCAGACAGAGGUGUGUAGCCUACUGUAGCUGCUGGUAAAGACUCGACAGAGGUGUGUAACUACUGUAGCUGCUGGUAAAGACUCAGACAGAGGUGUGUAACUACUGUAGUGCUGGUAAAGACUCAGACAGAGGGUGGUAACCUACUGUAGCUGCUGGUAAAGACUCAGACAGAGGUGUGUAACCUACUGUAGCUGCUGGUAAAGACUCAGACAGAGGUGUGUAACCUACUGUAGCUGCUGGUAAAGACUCAGACAGAGGAUGUGUAACCUACUGUAGCUGCUGGUAAAGACUCAGACAGAGGUGUGUAACCUACUGUAGCUGCUGGUAAAGACUCAGACAGAGGUGUGUAGCCUACUGUAGCUGCUGGUAAAGACUCAGACAGAGGUGUGUAACCUACUGUAGCUGCUGGUAAAGACUCAGACAGAGGUGUGUAACCUACUGUAGCUGCUGGUAAAGACUCAGACAGAGGUGUGUAACCUACUGUAGCUGCUGGUAAAGACUCAGACAGAGGUGUGUAACAUACUCUAUCAACUGAGCUACAUAGUAGUAAGUGUGGUGGUAAGUGUGGUGGUCAGACAAGCUCAUAUGUCAGAUUUCUAUUUUCUUCAUUAAAAAAGGUGUAGAUAAUAGUAUGAAAUCGAUUCAUGAAAAUGUUUUAUGCCUGUUUGAGUAGAAAGUGUACUCUUUUGCUUCAAGAUUAUCUGUUCACCAGGCAUCAAUGAGGUUGUAAUCAGAGAGUAUACUGUAUGCUGGAGAGCCUUAGUUGCAUGUGGAUUGUAGUUGGUCUUAUUAGAUUUAUCUCGCAUGUCCAAAAUGGCAUUCAUGUCUGUCCCAAUAACCAAAUGGAAUUCAGUGUUCAGAAAAUCAAAAAAAUUAGGAUCAUAUUAAUUUUGGAGUGUACACAUUAAUAAAGGCUGUUUUCUUUCCAUUAUUGACACAUUUAAGGAAAGUGAUUCUUAUGUAUCAAUAUGAUUACAGAUUUUGUUUUGUUUGGGGCUGAUGAAAAAGAAGCCAGUUUUGUACAAAUGGUUCUCUAUUCUAUGUGUGUCUUUUUGGAGAAGGUGUGUUUCCUGGAACAUUGCUAUAUCAAUAUGGUUUCUUGCUAGGACAUCAAGACAGCUGGAACAUUUACUAGGACUAUUAAGGCCUUUCAAAUUCCAAGAGAGAAUAGCUAGCGUUGACAUUGUUUAAAAAAUGUAUUAUUAAUGAUGUAAUUGUUACAUGUAUCUUUAGUAUUGAUAGAUGUGAAACAAAAAGCAGGACCCACAGGGAACAAACCCACCCCAUUGGUCGAACCAUAGGCUACGCUGUGUGAUUGUGCGUGGAUAGCAUACCUGAAUACUGAGACAAUCAAAUUGGGGUUAGCCUAGUUCUGUCGGCUCGUCCCCUUGUGUGUUGGGCUUGAUGUGCUUCUCGAAGAAGUCUUGAGCGGUCUUGGCAGUGGAAAACCUGUGUUGUAUUCUGGAAGGUCAAGAUGAGUUUUGCCGGAUAGAUGAAGCCAAGUCUUAGAUUUAGCUGGCGUAGCUGGGAUCUCACCUCGUCGUAGGUCUCCCUCUGUUUCAGCAGUUCAGCACUCAGAUCUGGGUAGAUACUGAUCCUCUUCUCAGCAUAGGUCAGAGCCCCCGAUUCCGCUGUGAGGUGAACAAUUUGCCAUUUGACUUCAAAACUGUGGAUUUGUACAAUCAUACGCCGGGAUCCGUUGCGGAGAGGAGCCCGUGUGUUGCGCAGUGUUUAUCUGCGGCCUAGGACCCAGCUUCUCUGCCCAAACAGUUCAUAGAAAAGAUUGCUCAUGAAGGAAGUUGGGUUGCCUGCUUCCACACCAGUUUCAGGUCCUGUGACCCACACAGAAUUUAUGGGAAUGAUUUUUCGAGUGAUUCUGUUUUCUUUUUUUAGGAGAUAGAUUUUCCCGUCUAGCUUAGUUUUGCGCAGUUUCCAGGUCAUGGAGUCGCAUCUCUGUCACAUUGGCAGCUGUCUCCAAACGUUCCACUUUAGUUGAGUAGGUAUCCACUAUACAAGUGAGCAGGUCAAGAGAUUUAAUUUAUCGGUUUUAAUUGCAAGUCGAGGGAAGAGAUAAUUUCCUCACAAACAAUGUCUUGAAUGCUAGCUACUGGAGAGAAAUAGACCUGCUAUUGUUCCUUAUAAUACAGUGAACGUACCACACCUUAAUGUGAUGUUAUAUUUUGACAAUUAUUUUGAAAUUGAAUUCCAUUAAUUCCUAGUUAUUUUUGCAAAAGAAAGACACGUUUCAAUGUGGCGUGUUUUUUUGUUACGUUGUGUAGCUGAGACCAGCGAUGCCGCCGCGGCCUGAAUCCAGCCCCUGUCGGGACAUGAAACCAGAAAAUAUCAUUAACCUGUUUGAUGCUGCUGCUGCUGCUCCGGGCAUCAGUGUUACAGUCUCCAACACAGGUAAGGCCUGUUCUCUGUUCUCUUCCUUUAACCCUUUGUAACUCCUUACCCUAACCCAUACUCUACCCUAAUCCUGCCCUAUCCCCCUUAUCAGAACCCUAGCAAGCUGUUACACAUCGACAGAGUUGCAGUUGAUAUUUUGUUGAUAGGCCUUCUAUUGGCGACUAUCAUCCAAGGUUGGGGUCAAUUUGGAAUUGAAGUCAAUUCAGGAAGUGAUAUGAAUUUAAAAUCCAAACAUUUUAAACUUUUGACAUAAAUAAAUAGCAUCUCGUUUUUAGAUUAAUGACAAGUUAUUUCAAAUGAAUUGAAUUGGAAUUUCAGUUUUUGUUCCUGAAUUGACUGUCUUACGUUUGACUUGACCCCAACUCUGCUAUCCACAUAAAGUGUGACCCCUUGCUAAUCCCGCCCUCCUGUUAACUGUCCGUAUGUAUCUUGUCCUUCCGUCCCCUGUCAGUUUGAAAGCCCUGCUGGGGCCAACCUGUUGGACAUGGACCUGUCCACCCUGGCUGCCACCAUGUCAUGGUGGCACAGCCGUGUCCCCAGCCUCUCAGGUGGGUUGGCCCGGUCUGUCAGAUGGCCAGGCAGGCAAUAUGUCAAGUGGGCGCUCUGUCAUAUUGGUAUCAGCUCCUAUACGUGUAUGAUACACGCACAGAGCCUGGCUGAGUUCAGUCUGCAUGGAGAGAUAUUCAUUGCCCACUGUGUAUAGUUGACUCGUUAGCAUUUUCACCAUUUCUGUUCGUUUAGACGUAUGACGUUGAAGUGCAUGGGGUUGAAUUAAACAGACACAGUGUUUAUUUUGUGUUUGAGCAUCUCUACCCCUCUCUCUCUCCCUUUCUCUUUUUACCCCCCUGAAGGCGGUAUCAUGGGACACGUGGGAGGUAAGCACAGUCAUCAUACUCUAUAUUGGCCAUAGAUUCCUUCCAACAGGGACUGGCUAGCUGAUCCAACAGGGACUGUCUAGCUGAUCCAACAGGGACUGGCUAGCUGAUCCAACAGGGACUGUCUAGCUGAUCCAACAGGGACUGGCUAGCUGAUCCAACAGGGACUGGCUAGCUGAUCCAACAGGGACUGUCUAGCUGAUCCAACAGGGACUGGCUAGCUGAUCCAACAGGGACUGUCUAGCUGAUCCAACAGGGACUGGCUAGCUGAUCCAACAGGGACUGGCUAGCUGAUCCAACAGGGACUGGCUAGCUGAUUGAUCUUAAGGACCGCAUGAUACUCUCAGAAUAACAAAAUAGUUAUUUUCAUGGUUUUCAAGGUUUGCUUUCAUGUCGUAACCAAACUGUUAUCUCCACAGCUCUGUGUUUUUGUUGGGGAAAAUAGUAACACAGAAUAGAACCGUACCUCUGGUCUUCCACAAUGUUACCUGGUAGCCUGAGUGCCAGUCUGUGCCAUCAUGACAUCAUGCCAACUCCAUAACAACAGCAUUCUUUGAAUUGGAAAAAGCUAAUGAUCGAAAACCUAAUGAUCUUUCCUAAUUGGUCUUUUCACUUCUUCGCCAAAUCCCCCACGUCUGAAAUCAUCCAUCUUUUUAUUUAUCAAUUAAUUAAUUCAUUUUAUUAAUUUGAAUUAAUUUCCUACAUUUCUGUUAUCCCUGAUAAUUGGCUCAUUGCCAUGGAAACCCUGGCCUGACCCGGUUCUUGGUCACUAUGGCUUCCUAUGGCCUAUUAUAACCCAUUUCACUGCCCUCUACCCCCUACCGUCGCCCCUACCCCUCGCCCCUACCCCUCGCCCCUACACCCUAUACCCUUCCCCCUACCCUUACCCCUUGCCCCUGCCCAUUGCCAUGGAAACCCUGGCCCUAAACCCGGUCUCUAUGGCUUCAAAUGGGUUCCUCAUGCCAAUGGACAUGACCCAUUCUGCCCAUUUAAUUGCCCCCCCCCCCCCCCGACCCCUCGCCCCUCCUAGCCUGAGGAAGCUCCUGCUCCACCAGAGGAGCCCAAGGGCUGGGAUGAUGAUGGUACCCUGCCGGUGCGUGCUGCCGGCUGGGAUGAUGACGGUACCCUGCCGGUGCGUGCUGCCGGCUGUGGGGAUGACGGUACCCUGCCGGUGCGUGCUGCCGGCUGGGAUGAUGACGGUACCCUGCCGGUGCGUGCUGCCGGCUGGGAUGAUGAUGGUACCCUGCCGGUGCGUGCUGCCGGCUGUGGGGAUGACGGUAUAGCUGCCGCCACGGCAGGCUGGGAUGACGACGGCUCUCUGCCUGUGAGGGUGGAUGACUCCUGGGGGGAUGAUGCUGAUGCUGAUGCUACUGCUACAUCCGUAGCCCCAGCCACUGCUUCCGCUGCCGCGGCCGAGUCUGAGGCUGCUGGCUGGGAUAAUGAGGAGGGGGUGCCCCAGGUACGAUGGGAAGGGUAGGAUGCAUCUGGAGCUGGGUGGAUGCAUCGGCUACAACACUGGAGGAUACUGAUAGCUGUAGCUACAUGGUGGUGGAGCUCCCUUGGUCUGUCAGGUUCAGUCUGGUUCAGUCUGGUUCAGUCUGGUUCAGUCUGGUUCAGUCUGGUUCAGUCUGGUUCUUUCAAGUAGUAGUAGGAAGUGCCAGGUGUCCCUUGAAAAUAGGUAUUCUGACCUCAAUGGGACUUCCUGGAUAAGCAAAAGGGUUAAAUAAAGAAAGAGGGUCUUGUUUCUCCAGCUCAAAUUCAAAAUGAAAUGUAUCCCAGUCGUUCAGUCUGUGAAUACUGCCUGGCUGUAACAGAGGGUAGUUGAUACAGUCGUUCAGUCUGUGAAUACUGCCUGGCUGUAACAGGGGGUAGUUGAUAGACUGGGGUGUAUUUUAGUGACAUUGUGAUGUGCUGUAUGUGGAACGGUUCUUCUUCUCACCCUCUCCAACAGCCUGACACACCUGCAGCGUCUACACCUGCAGCCGCAGCACCAGAAGAGGUAAGUGGCACCUUGAUUGGUUGGUUGAUUAAUUGAUUGAUUGAUUGAUAAUUGGUUGAUUGGUUGAUUGGUUGAUUGGUUGGUUGGUUGGUUGAUUGAUUGAUUGGUUGAUUGACUGAUUGACUUAUUUUUGUCACUUCUUUUGACACAGACUCAUGCUGUGGCAGCAGCAGCAACCAACGGGGAUUCAGAGGCGGUAGAGAUGCCUCCAGGAUUCCUCUUCAAAGUGAGUGGGGAUGAUGAUAUGUGAAUAAAUGCUCCGUAGUGUAAUAUGUAUCUAUUAUUUCCAAGUAGGAAAUUAAAUUAAACUGAAUUUUACUAUUUUCUUGAUCCUCAUCAUGUUCAGGUGACCACAAUGCAUGAUUAUGUAGCUAAUGACUCAGAUGAGCUGGAGAUGAAGGCUGGAGACAUAGUGCUGGUUGUGGCCUUCGACAACCCAGAAGAACAGGUCAGUGAUCUUAGUCAUAGCCUGAUGGUACGUUCUGUUUAUGCUUUAUCAAAUGCCUGUCUUUGUUUGUACAUGAUUAUUAUUCCAACAAUAGAAUAAUUAACUACAUUUAGUAGCCUUGUUCGAACCAGAAUGUGGCCAUUUCUGUAGUGUGAGGCAGCUUUGAUGUAGUAAGUACCCCCCCUGGAAAAGACUUGAGUCUAUCUCAUGGCCUUAGCUACAUUACAAACUGUGUACUUUGGGUUCCGCUUAAUCCACACGAUGUGUGUGUUUCAGGACGAGGGUUGGCUGAUGGGGAUGAAGGAGGAAGACUGGAUCCAGAACAAACAGAGCGCGCUCAAAGGAGUGUUCCCCGAGAACUUCACCUCCAGGCUGUGAGAGAGGAGACGCCAUAUUUAUUAUCCUCCUUUGACCUCUCUCUCUUCCACAAGAUCCUAUAUUCUCUUCUCUCUCUCUCUCUCUCUCUCUCUCUCUCUCGCUGCCAGAAUCCUCCACUCUCUUCCCUCUCUCGCUGCCAGAAUCUUCUCUUCUCUUCUCUCUCUCUUUCCACCAGAUUCCUAUUUUCUCUGCCUCUCUCUGACCCAAUGACCUGUGCCAUCCUCAAUUCCCCUGUCCUAACAGCUGUCUGUUCUGUAUCCAUGAGAAACAGCACUGCAUCGUCAUCUGUCUGUUCUGUAUCCAUGAGAAACAGCACUGCAUCGUCAGCUGUCUGUUCUGUAUCCAUGUGAAACAGCACUGCAUCGUCAGCUGUCUGUUCUGUAUCCAUGUGAAACAGCACUGCAUCAUCAGCUGUCUGUUCUGUAUCCAGGUGAAACAGCACUGCAUCGUCAGCUGUCUGUUCUGUAUCCAUGUGAAACAGCACUGCAUCGUCAGUUGUCUGUUCUGUAUCCAUGAGAAACAGCACUGCAUCGUCAGCUGUCUGUUCUGUAUCCAUGAGAAACAGCACUGCAUCGUCAUCUGUCUGUUCUGUAUCCAUGAGAAACAGCACUGCAUCGUCAGCUGUCUGUUCUGUAUCCAUGUGAAACAGCACUGCAUCGUCAUCUGUCUGUUCUGUAUCCAUGAGAAACAGCACUGCAUCGUCAGCUGUCUGUUCUGUAACCAUGAGAAACAGCACUGCAUCGUCAGCUGUCUGUUCUGUAUCCAUGUGAAACAGCACUGCAUUGUCAUCUGUCUGUUCUGUGUCCAUGAGAAACAGCACUGCAUCGUCAGCUGUCUGUUCUGUAUCCAUGUGAAACAGCACUGCAUCGUCAGCUGUCUGUUCUGUAUCCUUGUGAAACAGCACUGCAUCGUCAGCUGUCUGUUCUGUAUCCAUGAGAAACAGCACUGCAUCGUCAGCUGUCUGUUCUGUAUCCAUGUGAAACAGCACUGUUUCGUCAUUUAUCUGUUCUGUAUCCAUGAGAAACAGCACUGCAUCGUCAGCUGUCUGUUCUGUAUCCAUGUGAAACAGCACUGCAUCGUCAGCUGUCUGUUCUGUGUCCAUUUCUAG